AUGUCUUCCGGCUAUGGACUUAGUGGAGGCCAAUCGCGAUGCUUCCCCUUCUGGCAAGAGGUCCUAGCUUGCUAUGUUGUGAAUACCUCCUCCGACGACGAUUCAGGAAAGCGGAAAUGUGCGCCGGUUUUGGAGGACUAUUAUGAGUGCUUACACCACAAGAAAGAGGCAUCGAGAGUACAUGCAUUGCAAACAGCAUACCGAAAAUCAGAAGCAGCGGCAUUAUCGACUCGAGACAAAGCACCACCGGCAGGAGCGAUCAGGAAUCUGGGGUUGCUGGACAAGGAGGAGGAUACUAAGACCGUGCUUGGUAAAUAA